GUUAAGAAGUCACCAGGGUUAAAAUGUCACCCUGUUUUUCCACAACUUGAGAGAUCUUUCGGGGACAUGGAGGCACGGUCACCACAAUCACAAACUUCCAUUCCAACUUCGUUUCUGGUCUGCCCUGAAGAACAUGGCUGAUUUUUUCGUCUUUGAUAUUGCUGAAACAUUGCUAGAGAAGCUUGCUUCUUAUGUUUCUGAAGAAGCUUCUCGAGCCUAUGAUGUGUACGAGGAUCUUCAAGGGAUCAAAGACACCUUGUCAAUUGUGAAAGGCGUGCUGUUGGAUGCAGAAGAGAAGAAGGAGCAGAAGCACGGGUUGCGCGAAUGGCUCAGGCAGAUUCAAAAUGUCUGCUUUGAUGCUGAAGACGUAUUGGAUGGAUUUGAGUGCCAUAACUUGAGAAAGCAAGUUGUCAAAGCAUCAGGCAGCACCGGGAUGAAGGUAGGCCACUUCUUUUCUUCGUCCAAUUCUCUUGUUUUCCGUCUUAGGAUGGCUCGUCAAAUCAAACAUGUUAGGUGUAGAUUGGAUAAGAUAGCAGCUGAUGGGAACAAGUUUGGUCUAGAGAGGAUUUCUGUUGACCACAGACUUGUGCAAAGGAGAGAAAUGACUUAUUCACAUAUUGAUGCUUCAGGAGUGAUGGGAAGGGACAAUGAUAGGGAAGAAAUUAUCAAGCUUUUGAUGCAACCUCACCCUCAUGGGGAUGGUGAUGGAGAUAAAAGUGUGUGUGUUAUUCCCAUAGUGGGUAUUGGAGGCUUGGGGAAGACUACACUUGCAAGGUUGGUGUUCAAUGAUAAGAGGAUGGAUGAACUUUUCCAAUUAAAGAUGUGGGUGUGUGUCUCUGAUGACUUUGACAUUAGGCAGAUAAUUAUUAAAAUCAUCAACUGUGCUUCAGCUUCUACCUCAGCUCCAUCAAUUGCUCUUGCUCACCAUGAAAGCAUUAACAACUUAGAUAUUGAGCAGCUACAAAGUCAGCUUAGACACAAGCUUUCUGGUCUGACGUAUUUACUGGUCUUGGAUGACAUAUGGAAUGAUGAUCGUGCAAAAUGGAUAGAAUUAAAUGAUUUAAUAAAAGUUGGUGCAGUGGGAAGCAAAAUUUUAGUGACAACACGGAGUGACUCAAUUGCUUCAAUGGUGGGCACUGUACCCUCUUAUGUUUUAGAAGGUCUGUCUGUGGAGAAUUGUUUGUCUCUGUUUGUUAAAUGGGCAUUCAAGGAAGGUGAAGAAAAAAAAUACCCAAAUCUAGUGGAUAUAGGAAAAGAAAUGGUGAAAAAAUGCCAAGGGGUUCCACUAGCUGUUCGAACUUUAGGAAGUUCUCUGUUCUUGAAUUUUGAUUUAGAAAGAUGGGAAUUUGUAAGAGACCAUGAGAUCUGGAACUUAAACCAAAAGAAAGAUGACAUUUUACCUGCCCUUAAGUUGAGCUAUGAUCAAAUGCCAUCUUAUUUGAGGCAGUGUUUUGCUUAUUUUUCCCUCUUUCCCAAGGAUUUUGGCCACAUUGGUUCUCAUUUUGUGAGUCUUUGGGGAUCAUUUGGAUUACUUCGAUCUCCCUCUGGAAGUCAAAAGGUGGAGAAUAUUGCAAGACAAUAUAUAGCCGAGUUACAUUCAAGAUCAUUUCUCGAGGAUUUUGUGGACUUUGGCCAUGUUUACUAUUUCAAAGUACAUGAUUUGGUACAUGAUCUUGCGUCAUAUGUUGCCAAAGAGGAGUUUCUAGUGGUAGACUCCCGUACUCGCAAUAUACCCAAGCAAGUAAGGCAUUUAUCGGUUGUUGAAAAUGAUUCACUAAGCCAUGCUUUAUUCCCCAAGUCCAGAAGUGUAAGAACUAUAUAUUUUCCCAUGUUCGGAGUGGGUCUUGACAGUGAAGCUCUUAUGGAUACAUGGAUAGCAAGAUACAAAUACUUAAGGGUUUUACAUUUAAGUGAUUCCUCUUUUGAGACUCUACCCAAUUCAAUUGCUAAAUUGGAGCACUUGCGAGCUCUCAAUCUUGCAAAUAACUGCAAAAUAAAAAGACUUCCUCAUUCGAUAUGCAAACUCCAAAAUUUGCAAGUUUUGUCACUGAGAGGAUGCAUGGAGCUUCAAACAUUGCCUAAAGGAUUAGGGAUGUUAAUGAGCCUUCGAAAAUUUUAUAUAACCACAAAACAAUCUAUUCUGUCAGAGGAUGAAUUUGCAAGAUUGAGAAAUCUUCAUACUCUGAGUUUUGAAUAUUGUGACAAUUUGAAAUUUUUGUUCAAAGUGGCACAAGUCAGUUCUCUUGAAGUUUUGAUCGUUCAAUCAUGUGGGAGCCUAGAGUCGUUACCUCUUCAUAUUCUCCCUAAGCUGGAGUCUCUGUUUGUAAAACGGUGCGAGAGGCUAAAUUUGUCGUUCAACAGUGAAAGUCCUAUCCAAAAAUUGAGGAUGAAAUUGCUGCAUCUUGAGCAUUUUCCAAGGCAACAGAUAUUGCCUCAAUGGAUUGAAGGAGCCACAAACACUUUACAGACAUUGUUUAUUGUAAAUUUUCAUAGUCUUGAGAUGCUUCCUGAGUGGCUGACAACAAUGACUCAUGUUAAGAUGCUCCAUAUUGUUAACUGUCCUCGGCUGUUGUAUUUCCCAAGUGACAUGAAUCGCCUCAGUGCCCUAGAAGAUUUGGACAUAGAUGGUUGUCCUGAAUUGUGUCGAAAAUGUCAGCCACUAUCUGGUGAGUACUGGUCCUCCAUUGCUCACAUAAAACGCGUUUCUUUUGGUGAAAAAAAAGAAGGGAAACUGCUUUUUCAAACUCAAACAUGGAUCCGGUUGGGGUUGCGCGAUUAGUAACAUUGAAAUGUUGCACAGGCAUGGAGAUUGCAAUUUAAAACCUUAUCAAUUAUGAAGUGCCGACCCUGAAGUUUGAAAUAUUAUUUUGUGGCUAAUAUUAAAACAUAUGUUGAAUCCCUGGUUCAAGUCUUGUUGAUGAUUGGCGUGAGAGCAGUGGCUGUUUUUUUUUGGUAGGGUAAACUUAAUACCUGAUUGAAUCCCUGGUUCAAGUCUCCUUUGGUAGGGUAAACUUAAUAUACAAGUCUUGAAGAGCUUGGAAGGCCUAGGAUUCUUGUCAUUUUUAAUUGCUCAGGAUUGUUUAGAGACCUUUUCAUCAAUCAGAUGAAUCUUCUAGAUAGAGCAGUGAGGAUGGUUGACGAAUUAGAUGAACCAGCAGAGCAAAAGAAAGCAUGCAUUAGAACAAGCUCAAGCCCUUGGAAUUAAAGUUCAAGAGGCAGAAACAAGGGUUUUCUCCAACACCUCCGAUCCUACUCCUCAAACAUUAACCUGGCUUUGGAGAAUUCUGCAUGGAAUGAUGAGAAUCAGCUCCAGGACACAUAUCUUAACAGAAAGUCUUUUGGAUUUUGAUUAUCAUGCCCCUGGUGCUGGCAUGACUGAGAAAAGUAAAGUCUUUGAGAUGGCACAGUGGAUGUCACAUUCCAAAACCCUGAUUCAUCUGAAAUUUCCCUCACCGAUGUCAGCCAUUAUUUAGACUCAGACCCGUCUAAUCUGGUUCAAAAUCCAAGGAAAGAUGGGAAGAAGCAUAGUCCAUACAUUGCUGAUACAACCACAGCCAAUGCUCAGGUAUGUACACUUGCUCAGACAGUUAGAUUUGAUGCAAGAACCAUGCUGUUGAACCGAAAGUGGUAUGAAGAGGCAUGUUGUCUAGUGGAUAUGAGGGUGCUCACGAGAUUAAGAAGAGAACAAAUACAGUGGAGGUGUAGUGCAACUUUAGGCCAAGUUGACAAGAAGCUAGUGUAGACACUAUUGGAAACCAAUGGACGUGUGGUUAUUGGGAAAUUUCUGAAGAGAAUAUUGAGAGGCUCAGGAAUUUGUAUUCAGAAGUGGAAGUCAAAAUUGAAAAGAGCAUCCUUCUAAUUAAAGUGAUUUUGUUUUCCUUUUCACA